GCCAUCAGUCGCAAAUCGUCGGGCAUUUCGAGCGGGACGUGCAAACGAGAUCGGCUGUUGGUUCGAAUCGUGUCGUUUGUGGUGUUGGUGGGACAGCAGCAGCAAAGUGACAAGGAGAGUGUUGUGCAGAAUCAAAAGAGGACAGUGCCACCGCGAGCCGCUGGCAAACGGUAGAUCGAGCGGGAUAGCAAGAGAGAAUGGUGUUUCGAGGGUAGCAUCGUCGUAGUCGCAGGCAAGGCAGCUCACCAUAGCACUAAAAAAAAGACAUCAAUCAGGCUGCUCGUUGAAAACGUAGUGUUGUAUAGUAAAUUUUACAGAACUACUCGUGACGGAUUGUUACUGACUAGUGUUUGGAAAGUUCGGUACUUAUCGGAGUAAAGUAACAUUCCAUUCCGGUCGUCCGGAACCAGCAAGGUGGAGCAGUGAAAAAGUGGGUGUUUUCUUGUGUUGUGCGUUCUUCGUUUUCGCAUUUUUUCCCUGCCCUGUCGACUUUCAGAUGGGUGACAGUCGUUUUUCGGGAACUUCCUAUAUUUUUAUUUUUUCAACUUUCUGACCACAGAAAAAUGUUUUUCUAGUGAAUUGCGAAUGAACUGAAGAAAAUGCAAACAUGCUGAAAAACUUGAGUGAAAACUGCAACAAUCCUCAAAAAAGGAUGACCAUUUCCGACCACCCGUGGAAUGCGAUGCCAAAUCUCUAGUGUCUGGAAGUGUUCAGCGGAACGCCUUUCUCGCAACCCAGUUUGGAUUAGCACUGGUGGUGGUUGUGUGUGUUCCAGGAUUUGAGUGAGUGAGUGCGAUUUGGGCAAGGUGUCACAUAGGCGAAAUCCGCGGAUAAAAGGGUAGAUAUUUUUGGAAUAGUGUUGACAAGUUCAACUAGCUGCGAAUAAACCAUACGAUUUAGUUGAAAAAUAUAAUUAAAUACCAGUGAUCGAAGGUGUGUUCCGUAUAGCGUACGAAACGAUUAAACAGAAUCGUGUGGAAAGGUAACCAGCCAACCAACCACCUGUCGUCGUAGAACGCGACCGACCAACCAAUCAACCACCGAGAACCACCUUUCGCCAGCUGUCAAGGGCAGCUGGAGUUGCGUGCAUAGUAGGGCAAAAAGAAAACCAGCGCCACCAUGCCCGGGUUAAUCGGUGUGAGCGAGUUCCUGGAGGAAACUCGCGAGGAUUACAACUCACCUACGACGUCGACGUUCGUGUCACGAAUGACACAAUGCCGGCAGACGAUUUAUGCCCUCGAGGAGACACUUGACUUCGAUCGAGAGGGACUGACCAAGCUGAAGAAGGCAGUCAAAGCAAUUCACAAUUCAGGAAACACUCACGUAGACAACGAGAUGUGUCUGGUGCGGGCCCUGGAACGACUCGGCUCAGUUGCACUGUCCAAGGAGGAACCGGAUAUCGGUGCAGCAUUCCUGAAAUUUUCCGUCGUCACCAAAGAACUCAGCGCCCUCAUGAAAACGCUGAUGCAAAACAUCAACAACAUCGUCAUGUUCCCGGUGGAUUCGCUGCUCAAAAGCGAACUGCGAGGGAUGAAGGGUGAGAUGAAGAGGCCCUUCGAUAAAGCUGCCAAAGAUUACGACUCGAAGUUCAUGAAAAUCGAGAAAGAGAAAAAGGCCCUGGCCAAGGACGCCGGUAUGAUGCGAACCGAAGUAACUCCGGCUGAGAUUGCCGAAGAAAUCGAAAAGGAACGGCGUGUGUUCCAGCUGCAAAUGUGUGAGUAUCUGAUAAAGUUCAACGAGAUAAAGACGAAGAAAGGUAUUGAACUGCUGCAGCAUUUGGUCGAGUACUACCACGCUCAAAACAAUUACUUUAAGGAUGGCCUCAAAACGAUUGCCCAUUUCGGGACGUAUAUCGAGGAGCUUAGCGUGAAGUUGCACACCAUCCGACAUAAGCAAGAUGAGGAACGAAGGAAACUGCUCGAAUUACGAACCUUGCUUCGAUCGUCACCCGACUUCGAUCGAGUGGAAAACGUUCCCAGCGAUAGAGGCGCAGCGGGUUAUUCACUGCACCAGUUGCAAGGUGAUAAGAACCAUGGAAUAACCCGGUCGGGACAUUUGCUGAAGAAAAGUGAAGGCAAGGUCCGAAGGGUGUGGCAGAAACGACGGUGUCGGGUAACUGCCGAUGGAUUCCUCGAUAUUUGCCAUGCAGACGAAACCAAAGCACCUACGCGAGUCAACCUGCUGACCAGUCAGAUCAAACCCGCUUCAGAUGAUAAAAAAGGUUUCGAUCUAAUCAGUUACAAUCGACCGUACCAUUUCCAAGCGGAGGAUGAAAUCGACCAGAAAGCGUGGAUGUCGGUGCUGAUAAACUGCAGGGAGAAAGCCCUUGCAAAAGCUUUCCAGCAUGCCAACCCGCAGAUGAGUCCUAGCUUGAUUGAGCUGCAGAAGACGGUAAUCAAGUACAUUCAGAAUCUGCCCGGUAAUGAUCAGUGCUGUGACUGCGGUUCGAAGAACGACGUUACCUGGAUUAGUUUGAACUUCGGUAUACUGGUGUGCAUCCAGUGCUCGGGGGUUCAUCGGGAUUUGGGCGUGCACCACUCACGGAUACAGAGUCUAACGCUGGAUAAUCUGACAACGGCACAGCUGCUGAUUGCGCGGGCUAUGGGAAACAGUAGCUUGAACGAGGUGAUGGAGGCCACGCUUGGGAAGGGCAAAUUGACACAUGAGAGUUCGAUGGAGGAACGAUACGAUUUCAUUCGGGCAAAAUACAUUGCCAAACGGUAUGUGAUGCGAACCUGUGCUGACGAUCGUGAUCUGAGGAACGAUCUCGAACAGGCAGUGAUUAAUGCAGAUCUCAGUCAACUGUUGCAGGUAUGGGCCGAGGGUGCGGAUCUCUCCUGUGUGCUGCCAUCGUCGGAAUUUGGCGAAACCGCUCUCCACCUGGCCGUCCUGCGCGAGAUGGGCUCCACGUUGCACAUUGUCGAUUUUCUGAUUCAAAAUAUGACCGCUCAAGGGCUGAACAAACAGACGAAUCCACCGGGUCCAGCCGACAUGUCCGGCAAAAAUACGGCUCUUCAUUUGUGCGCUCUGCACGAUCGGCGCGAGUGUAUGAAACUACUGCUGCGAUCGGGCUGUGAUUUUGACGUGAAAAACUCGCAAUCCAGAACCGCGCUAGAUAUUGCCAAAGAGAUGGGCCACGAGGCCUGUAAGGAGUUGAUUGAACACGCCAUGAAGCGCGAAAAGAGUGCUUUCGAUCACAUCAACACCGAUUGGAACAUACACGACGACGGUUCAACCGAUUUCUCCGACGACGAUACGGUGCUGAUGGAUGAACGAAAGUCCCGUUCGAGACCACCCAGUUUCGUGGGGGGAGAUUCUCCGGUAGCACUCCGAUCUCGGUCAUCGACGUGUGAUUCAAUCCAGAGCGGUUCCAGUCCCAGCUCCAGCUGCAAUCCUAAUCUCGUCGGUGCCCAGCAAAUUCCCGGUGGUGCUGGUGGAGGCAACCAGCAGCGACAGAUUCCGAUCCCAUCGUCCGGCACUAGUCCCAAACAAUACGCCGGAUCGUUCGCAUCCCAUUACGGCUCUGGGACCGGAUCGGCUACCGGUGGUUCUAGUCCUAACUCUAGCAGUUCCAGCAGUAUUGUUCGACAGGCUUCGGCUCAGAUUUCAGCGGCGGCCGCUGCUGCUGCCGUCAGUUCACAGAGCAAAAAGUCUUCCUCUGUUAACAUUGGUUCUCUGAAGAAACGCACAGCUCCAGCACCCCCACCGACCACCUACGGAACUCUCCCGCAUGCCCCUCGUCAUUCCCAGAAUAUUGACAAUGAAAUUUUUGGUGUGGCAUCACAUCACCUCCACCAUCUGCACUCGGAUGUGUAUAGCACACUGCCACACCUGAGAGGUUCGGAUAGUGGCGGUGGGACAGGUGGUGGUGGUGUUGUCGGCGGAGGAGGAGGAAGCGGAACAACAAGUUCGUCCAGUGGCGGUGCCAAAUCCAACUCAUCGCAGCAGCUACAUUUCGACAACAAAAUUUACGAGCGCUUCGAGGGAUACAUGCAGUCCGGCAGGGAUCCCAACUUUCUCAGCUCAUUUACCGGCGGCCAUAAACGAUCGCCCAGCGGGGAAUCGCUGGGUAGGAAUUUAGCUGGAGCAAAACUAGUCCUCCCACCGGCGGGAGAAAUCCCUCAGCUCAAACCAGUGGACAAAAGCAUCCACAACAGGCCAAAACUGCCACCACCGCCCGGUUCUCAUAGUACAGAUAAAGCAAUGUCUAAUGGACAAUCGAACGAAAGUUUGUCUUCGAUAGACGAUGCGGUUGUGUUAAGGAAAAAGGUAACCAAAGUACUCAACUCUUCGAAUUAUGGUGAUUUCGGUGAGCUGGAUUACGCCAGCCAGCUCGAUAAUUCAAUGGCGUCUUCAUCUGGUGGCAAUCUCGAUUCCGCCAACAGUAGUUUUAGCCGGAACGAUACCAGCGGAGCGUCCGUUUCAUCCGGGGCGCUGAGUGAUAGCUUUAACAAGUCCAAGAGUCCAGCCGCGUUUCGGAGUUGUACCGGUCCCCGGCGAUGCCGGGCCCUGUACGAUUGCAACGCCGAUAACGACGACGAGUUGGAAUUCAAGGAGGGCGAAAUUUUGCUUGUGCUCAACGAACGGACGGACGACGAUAACUGGAUGGAGGGUGAAAUCGAGGGGGACAGCUCCCGGCGGGGCAUGUUUCCGGUUAGUUUCGUGCAGAUGCUGAACGAUUGAAUCGAUGGAACGCCUCGGUAAUGUAAGGCUACUAUUAGUGAUUGAAAAAAAAAUGUUACAAACAAACAAAUCCGCAUUCGGAGCUGAGCUUCGAAACACGUUAUGGAGCACACAUUUGGACAUUUCAAUCGGUUGUUUUAGUGUGUGGUCUCAAAACCCACAGGAAAGGGAUUUCUUUUCAAAUUCGAAAGAAAGCAAAGAGAGUGAUUAUUCUAAGUCUGCUGAUGAAGAUCAAGUCUAAAAUGCACCAUUAUUUAAGUGUAACUAUUUUCUAUUUAUUAUUAGUGUGCUGUGCAUCUUGCUUCAUUUCAUUCAAAAAAAAAAAAUCUUUAUGAUGCAGGAAAAUCUCCCUACAUCGAUAUGACUGCUCAAAGUAUUCUUUUCUCAAUUUUAUAGUCAAUCAACUCUUGCACAACAGAUUUAGUUUGUAUCUCUCAUUAACUUCAUCGAUACAGGCAUUUCAUUCGAAGUAUGAAAAUGUUGAACCUAAGAGCAAAGCAUUUAUCCCCAGUACGAAAAGUAAUUGAAUCAAGGUCGUUCUUUUUAGUGAAACAGACAGAAAAGGACAAAACUAAGGCGUAUAUAGAUACUGUUUGUAAACUAUUACUGAUUACCUAUAUAAACAUAUGGAUGGAAAGAAAAUAUGAGUAAUAAAUAUAUACUAAGAUAUAUACUAAGAGUUAAAAAUGCUGAAUUGAGCAAAAGUUGUCGUUGUGGAUAGCAAAACAAAAACUUUAUGUGCCAGUAUACAGAGAGACAAAAAAUCGUAACUUAAGAAAGAAUAAUAAAAACCAUAAUAAUAGAAAAACGAAUGCAAUUCAAACCAUCUGAUGAAUGGAACGUAGAAGCCGCUUCCCGAGAAUACCAAUCAUAUAGAUACCGUUACUCAAUGUGUAAUAGAAUUGUCGUCUUCGAAUCAUCGAGCAAAAAGUAAAAGCGUAAAUAGAAACAGUGAACCUGUCUUCAUCAAUCAAAUUUGAUUCCUCAGUAGAUCCAAAAAUUCCUCAAGAUAGAACCAUAGCCCGUAGAAACCAACAACAACAACAACAACCAGAUAGUUCACUAUUAAUGAUUAUCUACCUAAUAAGUAUUACUGUUGAAGCUAUAAUGAAAAAAUGACAAAAAGGACGAACAGCCGUGUUAUUGCAAGAAUAGUAACACCUAAAUACAUACUCAAAGAAAAUUAACCGAACCAUCGGCAAGCAAAUUAUUGCUACUACUGCAGAUUAGGUGUGAGUCAAUGUUGCAUGGAAAGUAGUGAAGGUAGAUGGCAAACUAUUGAAGGCGCGAAAAAACCCAUCGCAUUGCAAUCAACACGGAAAGACAUCAAAAUUAAGCAAAUGAAAACUGAAAAUAAAAAUGAAUAAUUAAAUA